AGCUUGGAUCGGAAAGUUAUCCGCGUUUGUUUCUCUCGGCGUUUACUCUGGGCACGGAGCGGGACAUGGCGACCUCGGCGCACGGCAGCGGAGGGGCGGCCGCGGGCGGUGGCAGCGGCAGCAGUAACAGUAGCUCAGGCUUCCCUUCAGCCGUCGGGGUUGUCCAAGGGGGCCAGGGGCCGCAGGUGGUGGUAUGGGAGUGGGAAGACGAGGCGGGCCGCUGGAGGCCCUAUAGCAGCCGGGUGAGCGAGCACGUCGAGCGCAGCAUGCAGCAGCUACAUGGAGCCGCGGCGGCCGGCAAAGGAACCAACAGCAUCGCACUGGGCCAGGCCGACCCCUGGCUGGCACCCUACAUCAUCGAUAUCCCCACACUCACCCAGUUCCGACAGGACACCGGAAGAAUGCGAAGAGUUAGGAAGCAAUUAUAUCCUCAGUCAUCUGCACCAGGACAAGGAUUAUUAUGGCAAUGGGAAAACGAUGAAGGUGGAUGGACAACCUAUGAAACAACCAUUUCCAUUUUCAUAGAGAAUUGCAUAAAUGGAAGACAGCAAGUGGCUGAUCUAGGAAACUUUGGUUACAGCUAUGUGGUGGAUUUGGCUGGGUUAUGUCAGAUAAAUAAAUCUACUGGAUUCAGGAGACGAAUUCAAAGAUAUUCGGAUGCACCAUAUCCGCCUCUCAUUUCUGGACCACUGCAUAGAGGUCAAAACUGCUCUUGUCAUCAGUGUCUAUCUUAUACAGGCUCAGGACCUAUUUUAAAUCGUAGUCGGCAUGCUGCCUACAACUUGGCAGGACCUUCUCAACAGACACCUAGCAGGUCAUCUCUGGUGAUAUCUCCCAACCAUGGAUACUACCCUUACAGUAAGAGGCCAGUGUCUCUCGGUCCAGCGCCUGGUGGAAAUCAAAAUUGGCCUCGCUCGACUUUAGCUGCAACAGGGCAAUCUACAACAUCUAAUUUGCACAUCUCUAAUGGUUCAAGCAUUCCAGCAUUGCCAAUACAGCUGAAUGGUCCAAACAAUGUCUACCCAGCAUUUGCAGGCAUGACCGCAAUUCUGAUGUGUGCUGCUGGACUGCCUGUGUGCUUCACCCGCGCAACUAAACACGUAGACAAUGCUGACUCAAGGAAAAGGGAUAAAAAGCUCAGCACUGCCCGAGAUAAGUCAUUUAAGAGAUCGAAGAAAAUGUCCAGAAAAGAGGUCGUAAGAGAUCCGGAAGAUGUAGUCAAGAAUUACAUGACAAGAAUAGAAGAGCAUCUGGAUGAGGACUGUAUAAUUUGCAUGGAGAAGUUGAGUACCUUGUCUGGAUACGAUGGAAUGUCCAGGACAAGAACCAUUCAGUCGAAUGCAGUUGGAAAGCUCUCAAGGUGUGGCCAUGUCUUCCACUUGCUGUGUAUGAUGGCCAUGUAUGAAAAUGGGAACAAGGAUGGCAGUUUACAAUGUCCUUCGUGUAAGAUGAUCUAUGGUGAAAAAACUGGAACACAACCUAAAGGAAGGAUGGAUAUUUAUUUAUUACCACAGUCAUUGCCGGGAUAUCCAGACACUGGAUCGAUACAAAUUGUGUAUAACAUCCCUCACGGUAUUCAGGGCCCUGAGCACCCAAAUCCAGGUAAACCGUACACUGCCCGUGGCUUCCCCCGGCAUUGCUACCUGCCUUAUAACGAUAAGGGUAGACAGGUUCUGGAGCUUCUGAAAGUAGCAUGGAACAGAAGGCUGAUUUUUACUGUGGGAACGUCAAGCACAACUGGAGAAAUGGAUACAGUAGUUUGGAAUGAAAUUCAUCAUAAAACGGAGAAGGGAUCCAAUGUCUCUGGCCAUGGAUUCCCAGAUCCCAACUACCUGAACAAUGUCCUUGGAGAGCUUGCUGCACAGGGUGUGACAGAGGACUGUCUUGGGCAAUAACUGAAUGUAAUUUGGAAUGAACUUUUGAUUCAGUGCUGCUUUUAGAGAUGCUUCCAUCUUUUGCACUCUUUUAGAGUACGAGCUGUGCUUUAUUUUUCUUAAUCCUUUGUACUGCAUUAUCAGCCGCCGCAGCUUGAAGUGAGGCGAGGGUGCACAGGCUGCAUCUUCUCAAGUCUUAAUGUCUGUCAUUUCAACACUGGUAGCAGGAGGUGAUGUUCCGAUCAAAGCCAGAUCGAGCCGAGCUGGACUCGCAUGUUUUCCCUUCACCCCUGCCCUCUUCCUGGCACUUAGGAACACCUCCAGUACAAUGUUUACGUAAGCAAAAUAAUAACCAGCAAGGUGUUCGGCUAAUCUUGUUUGGUUUCAUAGUUUUUUGGGCAUUGUUGCAUUAUAUUUCACAGCGACAGCAAUGUUAAGAACUAUGGAACUGGGAAUUUUCGUGUACAACAUUCUCCUUUCAACCAUAGGCAUUAAAAAUAAUAGACUGCCGUUCACAUGGAGGCAACAACAGAACCUUGUAGCCAAUGCAGUGCCAUGUGAUCAAAGCAGGGUUGGAUAGUGAAGAAUUAUAAUAUACAUUAUAAUUUUCACCCUGGAGGGGAAUAAGACAAUGGACCUUCACAGCAUGUGCACUGGUUUUGGACCUUGGUAGGUUGAAAGAGUGGAAUUUUAAACAUGCACUGUUAAUCUAAUCUUAGUUAUGUGCGGCUGAGGAGUCUAGUGUGCAUAAAUUGUUUAGUUCUGUGCCCAUUUCUGUAGCCUAUUUCAUACCUGUGACAAGGUACUAUGAAUUUUAAUAAAAAAUUAUCACUUUUCUAUUGUGCUCAGGGAGGCCUAAUAAUUAACAAUGACUUCCAUGUAAUAAAAUCUUUUUUUUAAACUACAAAAUAA